AUGAUGAUUAAGUGGAUGGCACCCGAGACGGUGGCUACAUUAAGAUUUUCUCAGAAAUCUGACGUCUAUAUGUACGGGAUUCUUAUCUACGAAAUAUUCGCACAAAACGAACCCUAUGAAGGGUUAUCGAAUCAAGACGUCAAACCUCUUGUAUUGGGAGGACGGGUAAAUGAGUUUCCCGCGAAGACCCCAAAGCAACUAGCUCAAUUCGUAAUAGAGAAGUUGUGGCACAUCGAUCCCCAUAAGCGACCAAGUAUGGAAACUGCAAUUCAGUGGCUGUCUCAGUACACAGGCAUCAAACUGCAGCAGGGGACUCUCGCAACUGUAAGUACUGGAUCUAAAGACACAGCACGCGCUUACCCCGUUCGUAGGACUGUCCGCUUUCCCAAGUAG